GGAGUCGCUCGGGAGGGCUGUUUGGGACAAGUAUUACGCGCCCAGACAUGCGUAUAAUUACGGUAUAGCCGGCGAUAGGAUUGAGAAUCUUAUCUAUAGAUUAAGAGAUAAGGAAUUGGAUGGACUCCACCCCAAAGUGACCAUACUUAUGAUCGGUACAAAUAAUAUGGGUUGGAGUGAUACCAGGGUUGAGGACAUCGCACAGGGAGUCGAAGUUAUUGUGAAUGAAUUGGUGACCAAAAUGCCGGCAACCAAGCUCAUUUUGUUGGGAAUCCUACCUAAGGCUGAUAGGUUUUGUGCCAAAGUGAGACAGGUCAACGAGGUGAUCGCCAGGUUGAAUAAUGAUAAGAAUAUAUAUUUCCUGGACAUGUGGUCAGCCUAUGUGCACAGGGAUGGCAAACAAAACACAGAUCUCUAUUUAGAUGAUAGACUUCAUAUCAAUUGGAAGGGAUAUGAGGUGUGGUAUAAGACUAUGGAACCACUGCUCAAGAUAUUAGUUCCAGAGUUUUGA